AUGACCAAUCUCCAGAAGAAAACGAUCCGUUGUCUCCACGAGGUCAAAAUCAGGAGGAGGAAAUUGAACCAUUUUAUGAGAUUUUGCCCGCUUCAGCUCCAGUACCACACCAAUCACCUGCUGAGGAAGUCAUUCAGAAGGCACAGAGCCUACAUAUCAGUUUCCAGAAAAGAAGAACUGUGGUAA